AUGUCCAAAUUAUCAAUUCUUCUUUGUUUACUACACUUUUCCAUUCUCCUAUUCUUCCCCAUUUCAACUACCGCUUCAAAGACUAUAAUCGACGUUCUAUCUGAUCACCCCGAAUGCAAGAACACGAUUCGCGCUUUACAACGGACUCAACUCAUUCGGGUAAUAAACCAUCUUAAAGACGUUACCUUAUUCUGUCCGACGAAUUCUGCUUACAAAGGCGACUAUGAGGACCCUACCGACGUCAGUCGCGAGCUAAUGCUAUAUCAUCUCGCCAAUGCGACAUUCAAAAGAGAAAAGCUGAUUGGUGGCAAGUUACUUGAAACAAAGCUGGUGAAAGAUAAAUUGUUGGGAGAGGGAGAUAUUGGGCAGAGGAUUAGGAUUGAUACUGAAUCUAGUGAAAUAUUUGUGGGAAAUGCGAGACUCGAAAGUAAAGAGGAUCUGGUGGCAGUAAAUGGCAUGGUUCAUGUGAUAAGCGAUCUAUUGUCUCCGCCAACAAACAUCUUUGACACUCUCCGUUUAAUGGAAGGCUUAUCACUCUUUUUGGACUACAUUCGCUUUAACAAACUAGAGCACAAGCUAACGGCAGGACAUCACUUGACAGUUUUUGCGCCGACGAACGAUGCGUUUACUCGUCAAUUUAAGAAACACGAGAGAGAUUAUCUGACUGGUAUUUGCGAACCUGCGAGUACGGAUUUGGGUUUUCUAUUAACACAUCAUUUGCACGAUGGAGUCAAAUAUUCAGAGGAUGUUAGUUAUGGGUCGUCGCAUUUACCCACUUUACAGGGUGAGCCUUUGAAACUGGAGAAAACGUCUGAAGGCAAUAUUACUGUCGAGCACGGCAUCGUCACGUUCAAAGAUGUGUUGGCUGAAAACGGCGUCAUUCACAUAAUCAAUGCAGUGUCAUCCCCGGUUGCCUUACGUUUCACAAUUCUCAAGUAUCUCUGUGGAUUAGGGGCAAUUAAGUUUAAGGAUAAACUUCUUUCCUUUGGUCUUCGACACUAUAUUGACGAUCCGCCAACACCUUACACGAUCCUUGCGCCGCCAGAUUCUCACUUUGAACUGUCUAAUGAUGAUGGUGAAAUAAAUUCUUUGCUGCUGAAAUAUCACAUUUUCCCCGGAAAGUGGGAUUUGUCCGAUUUGAAGACUGGAAUGUUGGUGAGAAGCGAGAUGAAGACCAAGCAGCUAGGCGGGCGGAAGCAGAGGGUGAAAGUAGCAAUAAAUAAUGUGUGGUAUGAUGAGGGGUCGCCGAGAGAGACGAGUCGGCUGAUCAAAUUUAAUGAUGCGACUGUUAUCGGAGAACCCGUUGAUAUUGGCAAUUCCAUCAUUUAUCUUAUUGACCGGGUAAUGGAAAGUCCGGGCACCGUCAUCGAUAAUUUAUCACCCAAUAAAUAUCUCUCCGCUUUCUACUCUUUUCUUAAUGCAAGCGAGAUACUCGAGACUAUCAGUUACAUUCCAAAAGUAACGGUCUUCGCCCCGAAUAAUACUGCAUUCAGCAAACUCGGCCUCAUCAAAGAUUACCUCUUCCAUCCUACUGGACGCAGCGAUCUCCAAUCGAUAAUGAAAUACCAUGUGAUAAACAAGGUCUUGUAUUCAGAAGAAAUUUCCGAGGGCAAAACAGUUCAUGAAACUAUGGAUGGCUCACACGUGACCAUAACUAAGAUGAAUGGUGUGAUAACACUGCGAAACAAGAACAGCACAUCGCGCGUUACGGAAGUUGAUACAUUAAUGUCGAAUGGUGUAUUGCAUGUGACCGACUCUUUCGAAAUGCCGUCUCACGUCAACAUAACGAUCAGAAAAAUAUUGCAAGGCAUUGAGGCAACUACAAUGUUGAAGAUGUUUCACAAAUCCAACUUGUCAGAAGUGCUGGAUAACUCGACAGACGCAUACACUGUCCUUGUACCGACCGAAGAAGCAUUUGCCAACGCCAAACUCAAUUUUACCAAUCGCGAUCGCAUCGAGCGUAUACUGCGUCUGCAUAUUAUACAUGAAAAUAUUCCUCAUCUGAUUGAUGGAAUUGAAUUUCCAACACUUCAUUCUGAUGAUGCCAGAUUAAUACUUAAGAGGACACUUCUUGGGGAUUAUAAAUUUGCACUCAAGGGUCCCUGGCAGAUAGAAGAGCGCGCUAGUAUUCUUAACCAUGGCCGUGCAACGCAUGGAGGAGGCGUAUACUUGAUAGACAAGGUGUUGUUCCCUCAUCGCGCUACCAAUAGUGUAGGUAAGAUGUUUGUGGGCGUGUUCAUUGGACUGGUUGCUGCAGUAUUUUUGGGAUUGGGAGGAACAUUUGGAUGGCAUGGAUGGCGAUGGUGGAGGGACUGGAGAGAGAGGGUGAUGCCAUUUGAAGUUCCGGAUGAAGAUCCAGAUGAAACUACUCCGCUCAUAGGAUGA